AACUAAAAAGUGUUUCCCCAUCUUUCUUUAAAAUAGAUAUAGAGAAGGAGUAUAAAAGUACAAUGCAUGACUCAAUCUGAGAAUGAAAGCUGUAGUAGCUACGUACACCAAUUUCAAAUUGGGAGAAUAGAAAGAAGAAGCUUCUUGUUCAUCUCCUGCUCUGUCAUUUUGUACGCCUAUUGAUAAUUGGCAUAUGAUGCAUAAAUCAUCUCAGAAAGUUUCAAUGUCAUUCUUUGGUCCCUUGUAUAGGAACAUAAACAAAGGGUACAACUUGGUUUUCUUUAUAAUUGGUGUAUCACUAGGAAUAGCUGCAGUUUUAUGCCUUAAACUAUCUUUCAGUUUACAGGCCUUUCUGUAUCCUGUGAUUACCCCAAUCACAACAAUUCUUCCACCACCAUUAUCAUCAUCACGACUAUUAUCUGUGACUGAACAACCACCUAGUACUGAAUUAAAGACAUCUCUGAUGCACAGCAUGACCGACCAAGAGUUGUUCCUGAAAGCAUCAUCCAUGGUUUCAGGUACUCAAGAUUUUACUCAGCAAGCCGUUCCAAAAGUGGCCUUCAUGUUCUUGGCUAGAGGUCCACUACCCCUGGCACCCUUGUGGGAGAAAUUCUUCAAAGACCAUGAUGGAUUUUACUCCAUUUACCUGCACCAACAUCCUUGUUACAGUGAAACCAUGCCUGAAGAUUCUGUAUUCUAUGGAAGAAAUAUUCCUAGCGAGCUAGUGGUCUGGGGCGCACCAUCAUUGAUGGAUGCCGGAAAACGUCUUCUAGCAAAUGCACUAAUGGACUUAUCCAACCAACGUUUUGUGCUGCUAUCAGAAUCAUGCAUCCCCUUAUUUGGCUUCAGAACCAUAUAUGACUAUCUCAUGAACUCAAGCACGAGCUUCUCAGACUCUUUUGAUGACCCAGGAUACGAUGCCAGAGGAAGAUACUGCCCAAAAAUGAGGCCUAUAAUUGACAUAACCGAUUGGAGAAAAGGGUCUCAAUGGUUUGAGGUGCAUCGUGAGCUUGCCAUUCACAUUGUAUCUGACACCAAAUACUAUCCUAUAGUUCAGCACUAUUGUACUUCACCAUGCUUUGCAGAAGAGCAUUAUAUACCAACUUUUGUGCAUAUGAUGUACCCUCAAUUAAGCUCCAAUAGUAGCAUCACUUGGGUGGAUUGGUCAAGGCGUGGCCCUCAUCCUCGAACAUUUGGGUCCAAUGAUAUUACAGAAGCGUUUUUGAACCACAUGAGGUUUGGAUCAACAUGUGUUUAUGAAGGGAACAUCACCAACAUGUGCUUCCUUUUUGCAAGAAAGUUUCAUCCAAGCGCAUUGAAGCCUUUAUUAUUGCUAUUGUCUCCCUUGAUGCUUGGUGCUGAUACUUAAUUAUUAGAUCUUACCCGGUUUGUGUUGUCACAAA